AUGGGUUCCCAGACCGGUAGCAACGGCGAAACAAACCCUCUUUCUUCAGACAAAUGGUUCCAUAAUGACUUCGAAGCUGGACAGAAGGACGACUACUACAUAACCGCCAAAGAUGUUGGCGAACUUUUAAUGAUCACUCUAAAAAGUGAUGGUGGUGGGUACAAAAGUGAUUGGUUCGUCAACAGAGCAUUUACUAGCUUUGUUGGAGAAGUUCCAGUAGCUGCAGACUACUGGAAAGAAGACCGCUUCUUUGGAUCCCAGUUUCUCAAUGGCUGUAGUCCUGACUCCCUCAUGAGGUGCACAAAGCUGCCACCCCACUUUCCCGUCACACAAGAGUUAGUUGGUAACCUACUGGACAGUGGGGACACUUUGGAGAAAGCCAUGGCGGAUGGCCGUAUUUACAUGGUGGAUUAUAAGAUCUUGGAGGAUAUUCCGCACUACGGGCAGGACCAACCCGAUCUAGAAAGGAGAUACAUAUGCGCAAGCCUGGGCCUCUUUUACGUCAAAGGUAACGGAGACUUGGUACCAAUAGCAAUUCAGUUCCAUCAGGAACCACACGAUGAAAACCCUAUAUGGACCCCAAACGAUUCCGAGAUGGACUGGAACUGUGCCAAGCUGUGGCUGCGUAACUCUGACUCUCAGUUUCAUCAGAUAGUCACCCAUCUCCGCACUCAUCUCUUCAUGGAACCCAUUACGGUAGUCAGUUACAGACAAUUACCCACAAUCCACCCCAUUUGGAAAUUGUUGGCCCCUCAUAUCCGAGGAGUUCUUGCCAUUUGGCUUUUAAAGAAAAGAGUCAUUGUGCCAUGCAUAUGUGUCCCGUUGCUUUUACCAGGGCAUUUCACCCUCCUUGAGAAAUUCUACAAGAGCAGCAGUACCUGGCCCUCGUACAUCCUACCACAAGUACUAAAGGACAGAGGAGUGCAUGAUCCUAAAAAACUGCCCAACUUCCACUACCGCGAAGACUCUUUAAAGCUCUGGGUAGCCAUCGCAGACUACGUCAAGGAGAUUCUGUCUGGCUAUUAUCACUCUGAUGCUGAGGUUCAGGAGGACCACGAGCUCCAGAACUGGGUCAAGGAUCUGCAUGACAAUGGCUAUCCAAAUAAAGCAGGCCAUACAAACCAUGGUGCCCCAGUAUCCUUCACCAGUUGUGACUAGCUGUACGAAUUCUUGACCUCCAUCAUCUUCACCUGCGCCUGCCAGUAUGCAGCAGUUAACUUCUCCCAGAUGGAUGUAUAUGGCUUCCCACCAAAUUCUCCAACAAUCAUGCGUCAACCACCACCGACCAAGAAAGGAGUUGUGGGGCAAGCAGACCUCAUGAAAUCCCUGCCUACCAAGCACCAGUCUUCGCUCACCAUCGCCACGGUGUACGGCCUUACCCGUAUUUUUAGUGACGAGAAAUUCAUUGGUGACUACCCUGAAGAGCUAUUCAUUGACGAGCCUGCCAAAGCCGCCAUUGCAGCAUUCCAGAGGAAACUGAAGGGCAUAUCCGCUGAAAUUAAGGCGCGAAACGCAAAACUUCGUGUCCCAUACCCAUACCUUUUACCAAAGCGUAUUCCAAAUAGUAUCGCCAUCUGA